GUUAUUCAAAAUAAGAGGAGAGAAAUCAAGAAAGAAAAGGAUUUGAAAUCAGAAGUAGAUCGUAAUUUUGGUUUAAGUAAUUACAAGACUCAGUCGUUCCUCGAUCUUUUGAUAGAAUUUUCUGGUGGUGAAAAUGGUUACACUGAUCUGGAGUUAAGAGAGGAAAUAUUGACACUAACAAUAGCCGGCACUGAUACGACGGGUGUGUCAAUUGGGUACACUUUGAAGUUGCUAGCGAUGUAUCCAAAAGUUCAAGACAAGUUAUAUCAAGA